AUGACGACUCAACACUCGCCGAAAGCGACGCGUUCCCGAACAACGAUGAAGGAGAUCGACGAGACGGAUGCGUUGCAGACCGCACUGCGAGAACUACGAGAAAUGCGGGCCGAACGAGAACAUCAGCAAGCUCGCUUUGAGGCUCUUCUCCGAGAGAAGGACGAACAGCUGCACCAGCUCGAAUUGAGGAUCUCCUCGCAGCAAACUAACCAGCUAAGUCUUUCUAAUAUAAGAGCUUCCGGGGAUACGCGACUGAAUUUAGCUUGCGCGAGUACCGCGAGUGCCGCGAUAACCGCGAGUGCCGUGAUAAACGCGGACGAGACGACCGGUGACUUUCGUGCAAAAACGGGCUUAAAACUUAUGACUUGGCUUGUUGUUCGAUUCAAAGAAGAUGACACUGUUGAGGCAAUACCGAAAAAAUGGUUUUUGUUAAAAGAAUCUGCAUGCUAUUGGCCACCACAAAAUUAUGAAACUACAGCUAUUAAAGCAGCUAUAAAAAAUGAAUAUAGUCCUGAUUCAAACCGGAUGAAAUACGGAGCAAUUAUUUUAGGCACAUAUGGUGAUUUAAAACUUGCUAAAAGAAAGGCAAUUAAAGCCCAACGUACAGAUGAUCUUUCAUCACAUACGGAGAUUUUAACGAAAAAGAAUAAUAAAAUACAUAAGCGGGGACAAGGCAAAAGUAAAGGACAUAAGGAUUACUCAGAUACUGAUAAAUCUUAUGAAUCGAUAUCUGAUGAAGAUAGCAACACAUACCCUACAUUACCACUUUCUGGCAAGAGACACGAUAAUGAUCGCUCUCCAAUGGAAAGUCAAAAUAUUACUAAUCAUAACUUCAAGCAAACUACAGAUAGCGUUCACGUAAAUGCUGAAUUUUCAGAAUUCAGAAAACAACUUUUUAAAGAAGUUCAUCUGAUUAAUCUUAAAUUAAAUGAUCUUAUGGAUAACGUGAAUAUACUUGUAAAAAAAGCCCGAUAUGCUGAUGAGCCAGAACUAAAUGAUGACACUAAUACGGCUGUUAUGACUUUAAUACAAUCGUUUCCAGUCGUUACAGAGCAGGAAUUAAUGUCGAUGGAAGAAUGGCUAUCGAGUCCAGCUGAUAACAUACAUGCACUGAGUCAUCAACUGCGUUUAAUUGGAGGCACAGAUCUUCCCCAUGUAAUCAAAGCCAUUAUGUCGAGAGCAAUUUCAAAUGAAGUUGGAAUGCUAUAUUCCUGGGAGGGAGCUCGGCAAAAAAAAGCUUUUAAAUCGCUAAAGUUCGUCCAAGUGAUCAUUGGUGUUGUUCGACUGAACUCCAAGACAAAAUCUGCAACAGAAUCGGAUAUCAUAGAAGUAAUAAAAAAUUGGCUAGUUAGAAGUAAAGAACGCAGUAACAAGUUUCAAUCAAAAAAGAAAACGGAAAACACUGUGUGUCAAACAGAUUCCGUUUGUGAAACAGGCUCUGCUUGUGAAACAGGCUCCGUUUGUGAAACAGGCUCCGUUUCUGAGAAAGACCUUAUUCAAGAUUAAGAUAAUUAUAUGUAUAAC